AUGAGGACAGAACAAUGUGUUACUGUUAUAAUUAUCAUUGUUUUGUCGUCUCUAGUAAUCAUCAAUUCAUCAUCACACAGUUAUCAGCAGGAUUGCCCCUGGGGAUCUCAAUUGUUUCGUAUCAAACGGCAAGAGGAGAAGCCAAAGUCAGUAGUCCUGAACCUUCCUGUGGGUACCAUCUAUGGAUAUGUGGAUCAGCAGCCACGAUCAGCAUUUAAGUUUGAAUUCGAUAACUUCAACGCUAAAGCUCCCAAUUUCAAGUUGCAGUUGCUGGAAAACAUCACCAAUGCUAGGAACAGUUGUUCCUUAGCCAAUUCACUUUGUGAUCAGAUGGCAACCGGUGUGUUUCUAUUUUUUGGCUCCAAGGACACGAAGUCUGCCGAAAUUAUAGAGUCUUUUACCAGGAAAUUUCACGUGCCCUAUGUUUGUCCGUGUUUAACAACGGUUGUGAAUACCAAGAGGAACUUUCAAAUCCACAUGAAACCACCUUUUACCAUGGCAAUUGUAGACAUGAUACGACAUUACAAUUGGAGAAAUAUGAUAUAUUUGUACGACUCCACAGAAGGAUUACAACGAUUUAAUGAAGUUAUGAGUGCCUUUUAUGAAGAUAUGUCCAACAAGGAAACUAUGCUAGCCAUACGUCUGUCAGACAUUAACUACGCUCACGAGCAGCUCAGGUUUAUUGACUCCAUCACGUUUAGGUAUGGCGACGCCAACUUCCGGAACAUCAUAUUCGAUUUGUCUUCUCAAGAAUCCUAUGAAUUAAUCAUGAAACAGCUUGCAGAAGUUGGCAUGAAUAAAGAGGGAUAUUUCUAUUUAUUUUCUACUAUGGAUUUUUCUAAGCUUGAUUUCGAACAUUUUAUACACGGCGGAGUGAACGUGACAGGGUUUGAUCUGGUGAAUACGGAAGAACCAAAGGUUAAGUCCUUUCUUCGGAAGUGGAGGACAGCCAAUCAAAACAUAUACCCCGCGGCCGGACAGCCGCUCAUGUCGGAAGCCGCGUUAGCAGUGGACGCCAUGGAACUCAUUACUACUGCAUUUAGAAGGAUGCUUGCACAAAACGAGAUCGUGUUUCAAGAAAAUUUCCGACGGACAAAGAUGUACAAUUUCUAUGGCGAUGUCAUUCUCAAAGGAAUCCAGUGCUUUAACAAAGAACAUGGCUUUAUUCCUUGGCAGCACGGUGAAAACAUACUAAAGGAGCUCAAGUCGAUAGAAUUUAGCGGGUUGACAGGGCCGGUGGCUUUUGAUGAAAAUGGAUACAGGAAAAACUACGAGAUUCAUGUGUCUAGAGUAGGCCUCAAUCAACCAGCACUCAAAAUUGGAAAAUGGACCCGCCGUGGCUUCACAGUUGUCGGAGCAGACGACAAGAAUUCCUUCCGACGAAACAUGACCCGGCGUGACGGGUUAAUCAGAAUAACCACCAUCUUGGUAGCGCCAUUUCUCCAGUACAAAAAGGACGCAGACCUUCGAGGAAAUGCAUCCGACCCAAACUACAAUGAUCGAUUUGAAGGUUUUACGGUUGAUUUGACUGAGAAGAUUGCAAAACGACUGAAUUUGAAAUACAGACUUGAACUUGUUGGUGACAAUCAAUUUGGACGGCAGGAUGAACAAACAGGAAAGUGGAACGGCAUUAUGGGGGAGUUAAUUGAUGGGACUGCUGACAUGGCUGUUGCUCCAUUAACGAUAACGCUUAAAAGGGAAAAUGUUGUAGAUUUCACAAAACCAUUCAUGGAUGUUGGGAUUAGUAUAAUGAUAAAGAAACCGGAAAUAGAAAAGCCGGGAGUGUUUUCAUUUAUGAAACCCUUUUCAAUACAAAUAUGGAUGUUCAUACUGUUAGCCUAUGCCGCGGUCAGUGUGGGGCUUUUCUUUGUGUGCAGAGCUAGCCCUUAUGAAUGGAGGAAAUUAUUUCCAGGAACUACUAUGAAAUAUGAAAACGAGUUUUCACUUGUAAAUACGUUCUGGUUCUCCGCUGGUGCUCUUAUGCUCCAAGGGAGUGAUGCAUGCCCACGCUCCCUGUCAGGCCGAGUGAUAGGAACAGUGUGGUGGUUCUUUGUACUUAUCAUAAUUUCAACAUACACAGCCAAUUUGGCUGCCUUUCUAACCAUUGAACGUUUGGUAACUCCAAUAGCGUCAGCAGAUGAUCUAGAAGCCCAAACAGAAAUCAAGUACGGCACAGUGAGGUCUGGAUCCACACGUGAAUUCUUCGAGAUGUCCACUGUUCCAACAUUCCGAAAAAUGGGCGAAUUUAUGAAAUUCAACGACCAGUAUAAUGUUAAAAAAAUAAGCGAAGGCAUAAAGCGAGUGAAGGAUUCUAAAGGGAAGUAUGCCUUUUUGUUAGAAUCGACAUCCAAUGAAUAUGCCAACAGCCGAGAACCUUGUGAUACCAUGAUGGUAGGAAGAAACCUAAAUUCGAAGGGGUUUGGUAUCGCCACACCUUUGAAUUCUCCGUUGAGAGACGAGUUGAAUUUGGUCGUACUCGAGUUGAAGGAGGAUGGAACAUUACACCGACUAAAAAGGCGUUGGUGGCACGAUAAGUCACAAUGUGCUCCAGACAACCAGGAGACCUCAGGCAAGAGAUCCUUACCGCUCAGCAACGUCGCCGGCGUGUUCUAUAUCCUGAUUGGGGGACUAGUCCUUGCCGUGCUGUUUGGUGCCUUUGAGGUGACACUCAAACGACUGCAACUUGUUCCCAAGCAUAUCUACACAAUAAAUGACCGUGAUACGUCUGAAGCAAAGCUGAUUCGAACACCAUCCGAACGAGAGAAUGGAAAUGUUUCAGACUAUGGCAUCAACCGCACGGAUUAUAUCAACGACGAAGUACACAACAGUGAAAUUAGCCAACAGGGGUUUUCUGGAUUUAUCGGGUUUGAAGCGUUUGGUGACGGCAAUGCCCAUACAGACGUUUAGUGGCGAAAGUGUUUCAUGACAAUCUAUGCAAUCUAUUGUGUAAAUCAAAUUUAUAAAGUUAUAUACACUCAA